CGACACGUGAUUAGUUCCGCCUCGUCCAAGAUGGCGGCGCCCAGAGCGGGAGCGUGAGAACUGGUGGAAGGUGCUCUCGCCUUUCGUGCUGAGAUUAGAACAAGGGCGACCGUGCACCAUGUCGCGGCUCAUCGUCAAGAACCUCCCGAAUGGGAUGAAGGAGGAGCGCUUCCGGCAGCUUUUCUCAGCCUUUGGGACCCUGACCGACUGCAGCCUCAAGUUCACCAAAGACGGCAAGUUCCGCAAGUUUGGCUUCAUCGGCUUCCGGUCAGAGGCAGAGGCGCAGAACGCACUGAGCCACUUCCACAAGAGCUUCAUCGACACCUCGAGGAUCACAGUGGAGUUCUGCAAGUCCUUUGGGGACCCCACAAAACCCCGCGCCUGGAGCAAGCACUCGCAGAAGGGCAUCCCCCAGCCUCCCCCAAAGGACUCGGGCCCCGCCACCCCAGAAACCAAGAAUGACAGCAAGAAGAAGGUGGCAGUUAAGCUGGAGCAGCUCAAGGGGGACACCGAGUUCCAGGAGUUCCUGUCAGUCCACCAGAAGCGGACGCAGACGGCCACCUGGGCCAACGACGCCCUGGACACCGAGCCCUCGAGUGCAGGGGACAAGGCAGCCAACGACUACCUGAACUUUGACUCCGACUCAGGCCAAGAGAGCGAGGAGGAGGCCCCGGAGGGAGAGGAGGAUGGCCCCAAGCCCAAGGCAGCCAAGUGCCAGGAGCUGUCGGACAUGGAUUACCUCAAGUCCAAGGUGGUGGCAGCCGAGGCUUCAUCUUCCUCAGAGGUGGAGGAGAGCGAGGAUGAAGCCGUGAACUGUGACGGCAGCAGUGAGGAUGAGGAUGCCAGUUCAGCCUUUGCCCCACAGAGCACAGAGAGGCGGGGGGCCGGCCAGGGCCAGGGUAUCCCGACAGGGAGCCAGAGGCCACAGGAGACCAGCACCAAGUCACAGACAGAGAAAGCGGCCGUCCAGAAGGAGCCCACCACCUCCCACACAGUGAAGCUGCGGGGAGCCCCCUUCACUGUCACUGAGAAAAAUGUCCUGGAGUUCCUGGCCCCCCUGAAACCAGUGGCCAUUCGAAUCGUGAAAAAUGCUCACGGGAACAAAACCGGGUACGUCUUUGUGGACUUCAGUACCGAGGAUGAAGUGAAGAAAGCUUUGAAAUGCAACCGGGAGUACAUGGGGGGCCGCUACAUUGAGGUUUUCAGGGACAAGAGCACCCCAGAGACUAAGGGGGCCCAGAAGGACAGGGCAAAGCCCUGGCAGGGGCGGACACUCGGGGAGGACGAGGAGGAAGAGGACCUGGCCGACUCGGGUCGCCUGUUCGUGCGCAACCUGCCCUACACCAGCUCCGAGGAGGACCUGCAGGCGCUCUUCUCCACUUAUGGGCCCCUGUCGGAGCUCCACUACCCCAUCGACACCCUGACCAAGAAACCCAAGGGCUUUGCCUUCAUAACCUUCAUGUUCCCAGAGCACGCCGUGAAGGCCUACGCACAGGUGGAUGGCCAGGUGUUCCAGGGCCGGAUGCUCCAUGUGUUACCUUCCACCAUUAAGAAGGAAGCCAGCGAGGAUGCUGACACCCCAGGAUCAUCAUACAAGAAGAAGAAAGAGGCCAAAGAGAAAGCCAACAGCUCCAGCUCCCACAACUGGAACACGCUGUUCAUGGGCCCCAAUGCAGUGGCCGAUGCCAUCGCACACAAGUACAGCGCCACCAAGAGCCAAGUGUUCGACCACGAGACCAAGGGCAGCGUGGCCGUGCGCGUGGCUCUGGGGGAGACCCAGCUCGUCCAGGAAGUCCGGCGCUUCCUCCUCGACCAUGGGGUCAGCCUGGACUCCUUCAGCCAGCCCGCGGCAGAGCGUAGCAAGACGGUGAUGCUGGUAAAAAACCUGCCAGCGGGUACCCUGACGUCCGAGCUACAGGAGCUGUUUGGCCGGUUUGGAAGCCUGGGCCGCGUGCUACUGCCUGAGGGGGGCGUCACGGCCAUCGUGGAGUUCCUGGAGCCCCUGGAAGCCCGCAAGGCCUUCCGCCACCUCGCCUACUCCAAGUUCCACCAUGUGCCUCUGUACCUGGAGUGGGCUCCUGGGGGUGUCUUCACCAGCUCAGCCUCACAGGGGACAGGACCCCGAGACACAGCGGCCAAGCCUGCGGGAAGGGACAGGACGGCACCGGCAGCAGUACCAGGUGGCGAGACCCCAGAAGGUGAAAAGCCAGUGGAGGGAGAUGCAGAGGACUCUUCAGCCAAGAUGGAUGUGAAAGAAGAGGAGGAAGAAGAGGAAGAUGAGGAGAGCCUGCCAGGCUGCACCCUGUUCAUUAAAAACCUCAACUUUGACACAACCGAGGAGACAUUGCGGACUGUGUUCUCCAAAGCGGGUGCCGUGAGAACCUGCUCUGUGUCCAAGAAGAAGAACAAAGCAGGGGCGCUGCUGUCCAUGGGCUUUGGGUUUGUGGAGUACAGGAAGCCAGAGCAGGCGCAGAAGGCGCUCAAGCAGCUGCAGGGACACAUAGUGGAUGGCCAUAAGCUGGAAGUGAGGAUCUCAGAACGGGCCACCAAACCUGCUGUGACGGCCACACGGAAGAAGCAGGUGGCCAGGAAACAGACGACCUCCAAGAUCCUGGUACGGAACAUCCCCUUCCAGGCCCACAUCCAGGAGAUCCGCGAGCUCUUCAGCACCUUCGGAGAGCUGAAGACCGUCCGCCUGCCCAAGAAGAUGUCCGGCACAGGCACGCACCGAGGCUUCGGCUUCGUGGACUUCCUCACCAAGCAAGAUGCCAAGAGAGCCUUCAGCGCCCUGUGCCACAGCACCCACCUGUACGGCCGCCGGCUGGUGCUGGAGUGGGCUGAUGCAGAGGUGAGCCUGCAGGCCCUGCGGCGCAAGACAGCCGAGCACUUCCAUGAGCCCCCCAAGAAGAAGCGGUCAUUGGUGCUGGACGCGGUCCUGGAGCAGCUGGAGGACAGUGAUGAGGACGACAGUGGGGAGCCCCUGCAGCCUGCUGCCGGCCCCUAGAGGCCUCGGCGAGAGGGAGAUGUUGUGAGUUGUGAGGACACCACAACAACUCAUCAAGCAUGAGCACCGGGUUCCAGAACCUUCCAUCGGCUCCUGUUCCAGGGACGCUGAGCGGCGGCCCAGAGGCUGCUCACAGGCGCCCCCCCCCCCCCCCACCCUGCCCCAGCACUCAGACCUGGUUCAGCCACAGGGCAUCUUACUAGCUCUGCUCAGGGAGGGACUGGGACAGACACUUCCAGUCUCCACCUGGUAAGAAGCAACAUCCAUGCCCCCGCCGCAGCUUCUCCAGCCUGGAGCCAGCCCACCUGAAAGGGGGAAGACAAGGCCAGAGUGGGGCUCCCACCUGUGACCAGCGGGGGUUGAAGAGGCCAAGGCCCCCACUCCUCCUGUGACACCGGAGGGGCCAGCGUGUGGCUGGGCCAGUGGAUCUAAGUAAACACAUGACAGUGUU